UCCGUCGAAACCGAUCUCCUUCGUUUUCGUUCCUGUUCACACACCCACACUUCAGUCAGACUUCGGACUCUAGACUCGCGGUCUGGGAUUGCGGCCAGAACUCGAAGGGAAGCGGAACCUGCCCACAUGAGCGCCGCCGUCUGCGUGGUGGUCACGGUCCCCACCGAAGCGGAGGAGCUGAGGACUAACCCCAAGCCACUGGUCGGCACCCAACCCUGCUCCAGUUGCGGAGGCUACUUGAGGAGCAAGGGCUGGGCAGCGACCGGCUCUGGGGUGUGCGAGCGCUGUUGGCGAUUGGGCCAGAUAGCCGGGAGCAACUGCUGCGAGGCCGCGCCGCCUGCGAGCGACGCAACGUCUGCUCCACGGUACCACAGCCGGGCCCUGCAGCUGCGCGACCUGAAGGAGGACGCCUCCAUGGAGCAGCUACUGAGGGCCAUAGCCGAGGAGCUGCGACUGGAGGAUGUGUUCUGGUCGCACGACGUCAUGGGAAAGCAGCUGCAGGCCCGGUUCGACCUCCUGCAGGACGAGCGCUACGAAAGGCUGCUGUGCACUCUGCAGGACUGGGGCGUGGGGGAGCGACCUGGCACGCAUGUGUCCGCCCUCACAUGCUUGGAGACCCGGGCCAAGCCCAGGCCCCACAACCCAGGCCAAGGACAAGGCGGCUUGGAGGACCAGGGUCAGGAGCAGGGCCAGGGAUGGCAGAGCUUUAUGGACUCGGUGAGAUGCAGACUGAACGUUAACCAGGUGGUGCGACAGGUGCGUCGCGACGCCACGUUGACCUUUGACUUCGUUGUGCUGCUGAUGGCGGCCGCCCUGCUCUCCUGCGUCGGUCUCGUUGAGAAUAGCUUCCUGUUCCUCUCCAGCUCCAUGCUGAUUUCCCCGCUGAUGGGUCCCAUCAUUGCGGCCAUAUUCGGCUCGGUGAUUGGGGACCGGGAGCUGCAGUGGCUGGGCCUGAAGAACGAGCUCCUGGGCAUAGCCGUGUCGGUGGGCAUAGGAUUCUUCUUCGGGGCCAUUGUCUGCGGCUUCGGCCACUUCUUCGCCAUUUCAUCGGGGCUCACCGAGGAGAUCGUCUCCCGUUGUGACACCCACUCCCUGGCCAUCGGAGUCUGCACUGCCUUGGCUUCGGGGGCAGCCGGCGCCAUUGCGGUCUUGGGAGGCAACACGGGGUCCCUGGUGGGCGUGGCCAUCUCGGCUUCCCUGCUGCCGCCCGCCGUGAACGCCGGAUUGCUCUGGGCCCUGGCCAUUGGAUCACACCUACUGCCAGCCGACCACGAGCUGCUGGCCAGUCUGCUUAAGCACAGAUCGUACUCCUCACUGCUCUCCGUGGAACUGCUGAUUUGUGCGGUUGUCAGCAUGGCCUUGACGCUCCUAAACAUAGUUUGCGUCUGGCUAAUGGGCGUGGUGGUUCUGAGGAUCAAGGAGGUGGCUCCGGCGGUCCAGCGGCACCAGCAGUUUUGGCGCCAUGACGUACGCACUGCCCGCGAGGUGGCACUAAUGGAUCCUGCCCUGCAGAGCGCCAUAGACCGACUGGACGAGUCGCAACUGGACGUCGAGGCCCCGCACUACCAGCGAACUUGGUCGCCGGGAAUGGGUUGCCACGCCGGCUCGCCCUCUGCCACCGGGGGCUCCGACAUGGCCCUUGCAAGCCCCAAGGAUCUGCCGAAUAGCUAUCACACGGUGCACGGAUUCCAGGAGUUCUGCAUCACGCUGCACCGCCUGAGGUCGGAGCCCAAGAGAGCCCAGCCGCUCAGUGUAAUGGAGCUGUUUGCCCGGCCGGAGCCGAGUUCCGCCCAGACCACCACCAACACGACCACCAACAGCGGGGGCAGCUGUUUCAGCAGCUGUCGAAGCCUGCCGGAUAUCAACAGCCAUUCCCGACUCCGUCCCCUCAGACCCUCCAGAGGGAUCAGUAUCCAAAGUCUGGGCCUAAGUCCCAACAGGGACGACUGUGCCGGGCACUUCGAUCCCACUGGCAGGGACGGCGGGAAGCGAAAUGUCCACUGGGAGGAGGAGCAGCGCGAACGGGCUUUGGGCAGCGAGAUGGAGAGGGAGCUCGUACUGGGAAAGCAGAUCCUGUGCAGCAGGGAAAGCAGUCCGCUCAGAAGAACAGGCCAGGCACUGAUACCCCUGCCCAGCCUCGCUGUCUCGGCAGAUCGACCCCUUGAGCUGCUGCCCUACGGCAGGCCGCGGGUCGCGACCCACGAGGAGGAGCAGAACGAGUUCCACGCUUAGCGUGAGAGCUGCCCAAGCGACCCCUAAGUCCCUCCACCAUCGGCGGCUAGCCCCUUAACAGAAGCAACAUCCAGGACUUCAGGAUCCCCUGCCACUUUCAGCCGCGAGCAUUGGCGGUCGUAAAACAUGAAAACGUAUUUAAACUGGUCAAAUUUAAGAUAAAAAAUACUAUAGCUAUUGAUAAAAAGAAGCAGUU